GGUUUCUCCCUGUUGGUGUGUGAUUUGCAGCAUUCAUGCAGCAGCGGCAACACAUAAAGAAAAGUUCCUCUGUCCGUAACGGUUAUUAUUUUCUCUGACCACUGAUCAUUAACGCUCUUGUUUCAUUGCCGCUUCUGCUUCCACAUAAAUGGAUUUCAACAACUCCAAACACAAGUCUCCUUGGAAUUGGAAUAGGGAGGAUGAUUAUUGUCGCGAAAAGAUGCCAAAUUUUGAUAUUUCACAAGAGCUGUGGAAUCGAAAUGAAGACUUUUCUAUCAUGCUCGAUGAUGAAACAACCCCUGUGAAGGCUUGUGUGGAUUUCCCAUAUGAUGUUAAUAGUAGUGAAUCAAAUGAUAUUAUAAAGGAACUGGAGGAAUGUUCGGAGACUUCUUCGCAAGCAAAGAGACGGCGGAUGCUACAAUUUAACAAUCACAAUAGGAAUCAUUCCCUUACUGAUGAACAGAUGUCUUCAGCAUUUUUGGAAUUAAAUGGGACAGAUGACUCCAAUGAAUUUUUCCCCGAGGUGUCACAAUGGCUAUCUGGGGAUUCAGAAAAUGCUUCGCCUUCCAACUUCGAGGACUUUGAGUCAGCUGAAAAGUGGUUUGCAGAUUGCUUUAAGGAUACUGAAAUGCAAAUAUGUCCUGAUAAUCCGAAUUCUUCUGGGGCAGAUGAUGUUCAUAUUAAUGCUACUGAGGUUUGCAACGUAACACCACCAGUUGAACAGAAUGUGGUUCAGCAUCAAAUCUCUCAAACUCCCACAAAAAUUGUGUUCAAAGGUCAAAAAUCUAUUAUGCAAACACCAACAAAGUUAGCUUCUACUGUGGCCUAUCCAUUUGCCUUCGUUAAACCCUGUGGUAUCCAUGGAGAUGUCACUUUGACGGAAAUAAAUAAGCGUAUUCUGUCUCCACCCCCUUCAAAAUCAAAGCAAAUCAAGGAAGAUCUUGUAGUUUACCCGACAUCAGCCUUUUCCGGUAAACCUGUAGUUGGAAAGACAAAAAUACGCACCGAAGGUGGAAAAGGUAGCAUCACCAUUAUGAGAACUAGAGGCUAGAUAUCAGAACCUUCAGGCUGUUUGUUUUAGAAUGUUUUCACUGCUAACGGAACUAUUUAGUGUUCCAUGGCCAUUUUUGUCGAAAAUAUUAUACUGCUCCUAUUACUUGAUGCGGUUUGACGUUCCAUUUUGUUGACGUAAAUUUAAAGUCAACCUUAGCUAUUAAAUGACAAGUUCAGCCUGUUUGCUCUUAGAUUUUGAAGGAAGUUGAGUUAGACAGAUUUUAGUUUUAUUAUGCCUUCUUUUUGUAGCUUUGUUUCAUGGAUGCAUUUGAUACUGAAAUUGCAUAUCCAUGUCUGCAUAUGUAUAUAACUAUAUAUUUUAUGUUCCUUUUUCAAAUAAAAAGUUAUUGUUUAGGGAAAAA